GUACCUUUUUAAAUAACGAAUCUCAUUUUGUCUCUUUUUUCUUUUCGUGCAAAUUGUCUAUGCCUGGAUUUAGCCGCGACCUCGCUUUGCUUUUUUGUUUUGCCAACGAUAAAUUCCAUCGACUGAGCUCGUAAAACUGUCAUUUUAAAGCCAAGAAUAAAUUGUUAUCUUCUUUUCCUGAACUACCUGAAAGGAAUAAUGAACAGUUCAGUACUGAAUUUUAGUGCCAGUAAUGCCACGGAAAGAUUUGGUAAUGGCACCGCGGACAGUUUGCUACCCCUGCCGCCGGCGGGCUACGAGAACAUUAUCGACAACAAAUGGGUACAAGCGAUAUUCUGCGUCGUAUACACCACAAUUUUCGUUCUAGGAUUAUCUGGAAACGUUCUCGUUUGUUUCGUCGUCAUAAGAAACAAGGCGAUGCAAACUGUCACCAACUUGUUCAUUAGCAACUUGGCACUUUCUGACAUCCUACUGUGCAUAUUUGCCGUCCCUUUCACCCCUCUCUACUCCUUCCGAGGCGCUUGGAGUUGGGGCUCCCUAUUAUGUCACAUAAUGCCUUUCGCACAAGGGUGCAGCGUAUACAUAUCCACAUUGACACUUAUGUCAAUAGCUAUCGAUAGAUUCUUUGUAAUAAUAUACCCGUUUAGACCGAGAAUGAAAAUAGAGACUUGUAUUACAGUUAUUAUUAUGAUAUGGACUUUUUCCAUUACGGUUACAAUGCCGUAUGCAAUAUUCAUGACUUAUUACGACCUAGAAAUUGGGAGAUUCUGCGAGGAGACAUGGCCGACUGAGAAAUUGAGGCGAAUAUUCGGAUCUGUGACGUCCGUGAUGCAAUUUGUUUUGCCGUUCAUAGUGAUAGCUUUCUGUUACACCUGUGUCAGUUUCAAAUUGAAUGACCGGGCGAAAGCCAAAGCCGCUAGUAAAAAUUCCAGAAAAGAAGAGUUGGAUAAAAAUAGGAAGCGAAGAACGAAUCAAAUGUUGAUCGCUAUGGUAACGAUAUUUGGUUUGUCCUGGCUCCCUUUGAACGUUAUCAAUUUGUGUAAUGACUAUUAUAUCUACGCGAUACAUUUGAAGUACUACUUUCUCAUUUUCUUCAUUGGGCACGUGAUCGCAAUGUCGUCGACAUGUUACAACCCUUUUAUUUACGCAUGGAUGAACGAAAAUUUCCGGAAAGAGUUCAAGCAACUUAUUCCGUGUAUUGACACGUCAGCUCAGUUGAGAGGUAAUAUUCAACUGGAGCAAUUGGGAGUGGGGCAGUCUGAGAAGACGUUUAACGGAAAUACUACUACGGACAGUUACUUAGGGAGUAGUAGUCAGAGAGGGACUUCGUUUAGGCACAAGAGGAAGCCUAGUGCUGCAGCAGACGUGGAGAAAAGUGGAGUGGAGUUGAAUGAAGAUCUUCUGACGGUGGACGUGAAGCAUUGUCAUAUUUCAACGAGUUACAACCUGAGGAGGGAGUCGGUCAAGCUGAGGUUGAUCAACGAGGAAUCAUUCGACGGGACGCCGACGCAGAGUCAAUUCUAA